AUGUCUUUAUCACGUUUUACCAGUGGUCACCGGAAAGAUUCAAGUACUGAAAUGAUCAGAACUAAAAUUGCUCAUAGGAAAUCACUGUCCCAGAAAGAAAAUAGGUACAAGGAAUAUGAGCGAAAUAGACACUUUGGUUUGAAGGACGUCAACGUUCCCCUAGAUGGUAGAGCUCUUCUAAAUAUACAUGAGACAUCUCAAGACCUUGGCCCAGAAACGGCUAAUACCAAACCAAGGUCAGUGAAAACUGUUUUAAGUGAUCAACGAAAGCAGAUGCUCCAAAAAUACAAAGAGGAAAAGCAACUUCAAAAACUAAAAGAACAGCGAGAGAAAGCUAAGCGAGAAGUAUUUAAAGUGGGUCUGUAUAGACCUGAGGUGCCUGGCUUUCUUUACCAGAAGACUCUGAAAACUGAGCCAAAAAAGGCUUUCCCAUCUAAUGUACGGAUUACAAGAUCAAAGACCAAAGACCAAAUGGAACACACUAAGACUGAUAAUAGAAAUGCUGUUCGAGCAGUCCAUUCUGGGCAAAGACAGACGUCUGAAAAGAAAGUACUGGACAAAGAGAAAAAAGUUGUGCAGCCCAUAGUGUCCACAUCAGGGAGGGUGACUCGCUCUGCUACUCAAAUGACAAAGGAAAUUGCCAGAACAGUCUCAUCUACCACAACAAGGAAACCAGUCAUGAGAGCUGUUCAUGAUAAUGAACCAGAAACAAAGGUACCAAGUAAAGGAAGACCUGGCAAGAAGAUAGAUACAAAGCCAGACAAGGUCAUUUCUUCUAAAGUCAAUGAUGAAAAUACUUUGGAUUCACAAACCAGUGUAACAAAUGGAAUGGAUCCAGAUGAAGUCUUAUCAGAAAUGGAAAAUGUACUGAAGACAAAUCCUGCAAAAAUGAAAAGGAAGGUCUCCUUUGCACCUAAGGAUUUUGUGUUUCAGCCACUGGAUGGUCUGAAGACCUAUCAAGUAGCACCCAUGACUCCUCGAAGUGCCAGUGCUUUCUUGACACCCAGUUAUGACUGGAACCCUGUGAAACCAGAUGAUAUAACUCAAGAGGCAACAAAAGAAUUCUUGGUGCGAAAAUCUAUAACUUACUCUACUGGUACAGUACAGCAAGAUUCAAAUAAAUUACAAUGUGCUUUGGACUCUGCCGCAGUUUGUGGUAAAGAACAUGGCUUAAAUCAAAAAGAAGCUACUACUAAAGAUUCAAAUUGCCUUUCGAUUAAAGAAGUCACAUCACUUGAAGUAAAUGGUCAGAUGUCUCAACCCCAGCAUGAUGUGCCAUAUUUCAGAAACAUCCUCCAAUCGGAAACUGACAAGUUAACCUCACACUGCCUUGAGUGGGACAGGAAGCUUGACUUGGAUAUUCCUGAUGAUGCUAAAGAUCUUAUUCGCACAGCAGUUGGUCAAACAAGACUCCUUAUUAAGGAAAGAUUCAAGCAGUUUGAAGGACUGGUGGAUGAUUGCGAGUAUAAACGAGGAGAAAAGGAAACUACCUGUACAGAUCUGGAUGGAUUUUGGGAUAUGGUUAGUUUUCAGGUAGAAGAUGUGAACCAAAAAUUCAACAAUCUGGUCAAACUUGAGCAGUCAGGAUGGCAAAACAAUAAUAAUACAAGCAAAAAGGUCUUUCGGAAAAAAAUUAUCCCAGGAAUAUCAAGUAAACCAAAGCAGGAUGAUGGUGGGCGGAUGGCAGCUCGAAACCGGCUAGCUGCCAUAAAGAACGCAAUGAAGGAGAGACAUAAGCAGGAGGAGCACACAGAAGCGGCGGCUGCAGAAAGACCGAAGGAAGUUGACAAAAUAGUGUUUGAUGCUGGAUUUUUCAGAGUUGAGAGUCCUGUUAAAUCAUUUUCAGUACUUUCUUCUGAACGUCGUUCUCAAAGAUUUGGAACACCUAAGUCUGGCAGCAAAGUUGUACCUGAGAGCAGGGCUAAAGUGGACCUUCUAAGACAGAGGAUAUCACCAGAGAAUCCUGAUCCUCAGAGUAACGAAACUGAACAUAUUGCUAAGAUUUUGUUUUCAAACGCUCUUAAAAGCAGGUACAGGAGAGUAGAAGAGGCUCAGUGUCCUGGAUUACAAGAUUUAAUUGACAUAAACCACGAUGUAAAUAAGAUAAAUCUCAAGGUGGAUUCUUUGCCCAGUGAAAUAAGGAGUCUGCCUCCUCUUGCUGGUAUACCAGAUGAUAUUAAUACUACCCAAAAAGCAAUUUUACAUGUUUUGGAAGGAAUGGACCAAAAUUAUUCAGUCACUUCCAAGGAUGUUUUGAUGAGUAGUCCUGAAAAAGACAUCCCAUCUCAAAAUAGCAUCUCACAAGAAACAGCCAAAACUUCCCUGUCAGUGCCAUUUGGUAAGAGUCUCACUACUGAAUGCUACCUUCUUGAUUCACCAGGACAGAGCCACAGUAAUCCCUGCCCUCAGGUGGAAAGCAGACAUCAAGUUCAUGCCAGAAAUUUCUCCUUCGGUGGUGACCUCAUCGCCUUCUCACCACUAAGGCCUCUCAGUAGAGAACAGCCACACUGUUAAUGCUGUGAUAUAUUUGUAAACUGUUGGAAAUUGGAGAAUAUGCACUUGCAUUCACUUCUGUUCAGUCCAUUUACAUUGUAUUGCAUAAUGUUUUAAUAUUCAGUGUUAGAUUAAAACAUAUUUUAGGUGUACUAUUUGUUAACGGAUAUUUCAGGUUAAUUUAAACAUUAAACUUUGACAAAAAUA